UACGGGCAGGCCAGUAAUUUGUUCCCGCAGGAAGUGACUGCAAAGCGCGCUGGAAGUUGUUACGAGAAAGAUUCUGUAAGCAAAUGAAGAGAGCUGAUGGUUAUUUUUCGUCUGACACAGACCCGUUUAAUGCGCAUGAAUGGGAAUACUACAAUGAAAUGCUAUUUUUAAAGGAAUCUAUUGUACCGCGACGUUCAAGACUUGGUAAGUGCGUACGCUCCAGCUCAGAAGAGCCUGCAAUGAAUGAAGUAUUUAUAAACGUAAAUGCCAUAGCCGAAGAGGACUCCUGCUCGUCACAUUCAAGUUAUUCAAAUUCUUGUGAAACUCCGAAUAAAACGUCAAAGUUCGAUUUAGCGCCAUUGAUAAUUGAACGUGAAACGGACGCAGAUUUAGGCGAUCACGAUAAACCAGAA